AUGGUACUAUCUCCUCCAUAUAUCCAUAACCGCGACUCGAUCUUAAAUGGCAACUGCAUCGAUUUCCCCUCCCGCCAUCCUGCAUUUCCUAACCCGGAUCCCGUUCCCGCUCCUGUCAAUGGUUUCGCCCCGGGACCGCCCAAGCCUUCAAUCACCCGCUACGGCCCUUCAUUGUCGAGCUCAUCAUCAACGCCCCUGAUCGCGAAUCCAUCUCGAAAGCGAUCUCGUGCUGAGUUCCACGCAUCCGAGGAUGAAGACUCUUCAAAAACCACCGUACAACAACCAUCACCGGCAAAUGCUCCGAUCCUUGAAGCGCCUAUAUAUGGCGAAGGCAUGACGCUCUUGAACCCGCGGACUGGCUUAGCUAUUUCUGCUGAAAGCCAAACUGGAACCUGGCUUGAAGAGAAGGCCGGCUCCCAAGCUUCUCUCCCUGCUAUAGCCUCAGGCUCGGCGCAGCCGGAUCUUCCCAGUCGCAAGUCUCAGCGCCUCGACGCCUCUGCGUCCAGAUGGGACGAUGUUACUACUGCCGCUAUUCAGCACAAGCUCCAAAAUUCGACACAUGACGACACCUUCCGUGGUAUUAACGGCCUCACGUCUACUUCGACUUCUUCCUCCUUCAACCCACAGAACCCAUUGAUCGACGACGCAACUCAUCUUCUAGGUAUUAGCUGGCAGAGAGUCAACUCUGAGGAUCAGGACAUUGCAGCUGCUGUCCGUGGCUGGGAAAAGUUCAUCAACAAUCAUUUUUCAUGCUUCCUUGAAAAUGCCCAUAUUCUGCUUAAGCACCGCGGAUUUAAUGCGUACCUCGUUACUGCCGAUCCUAUUGGAAAUGAUCAGACCACAGUCUUUAAUUCCCCUAUGAAUGGUUUCACUAGUCACCUUCGUCAACCUUACUUCUACCUUUUCAAUGAAGAUCUUAUGGAAGGCCAGCUUGUCGGUAAGGGCUGGGAUGCCUGCCUCAAUAAUUUGAGAUCUUCUCCAAUCAUCUUCGAAGCGGGCUCCGAAGUUAUGAAAGCUGUGCAACGCACUCCAGAACGGUUGUUUGAAGACAAAGGAAUACCGAACGGAAUCAUCGCCAUGAACGGAAACGGAAUCCACGCGGGAAAUGCAGGAAUGGAUAUGGGAAUGGACAUCGAUGUCUAA